AUGGAGAACGCCGUGUCCGACGUGGGGGUCUGCAACCUGGCCUACGCCGGGCGCCUGGAGGAGCUGCGGGCCCAGAUGCUGCGCGACAGGGCCCUGGCCACCAAGGCCGACCAGGACAACCGGACCGCGCUGCACUGGGCCUGCUCGGCGGGACACACGGACGUCGCCGACCUCCUCCUCGGCCUCGGCGUGCCUGUGGACGACAAGGACGAUGCUGGUUGGACUCCUUUACACAUUGCCGCUUCGGCAGGCCGUGAUGAAAUUGUGAAAGCCCUCAUUGCCAAGGGUGCUCAUGUAAACGCGGUCAAUCAGAAUGGCUGUACGCCCCUGCAUUAUGCAGCCUCCAAAAAUAAGCAGGAGAUUGCAAUCAUGCUUUUAGAGAACGGAGCUGAUCCGGAUGCAACAGAUCAUUUUGAAUCCACCCCAUUACACAGAGCAGCAGCCAAAGGGAACCUAAAAAUGGUACAGAUCCUUCUGCAGCACAAUGCGUCUGUUAACAUACGGGACUCUGAAGGGAAUACCCCUCUUCACUUAGCCUGCGAUGAAGAGAGAGUGGAGGAGGCAAAGCUGCUGGUCUCUCACGGUGCAAGUAUUCACAUCGAGAAUAAAGAAGAACUGACCCCACUGAAAGUGGCAAAAGGUGGCCUGGGAGCCAUACUUAAAAGAAUGGUGGAGGGCUAGUGGGGACUUCGGACUCGACUCUCUUUCCCGUUGCACUUGUAUUUAAAACUGCAAACUUUGUAUUUGAAUAGUUCAACUAGGAUGUCAUGUAUGGGCAUCAGCAUGGUAAUAAAAUGUGUAUCUCUAGCUUUCCUUCAUGUACAGUGCCAAAACAACUGUUUGUACUUCCUGUUAAUUAAACAGUUCACUGGUUUUAAAAUUUUUUUCAGUAUCUUGCGGUUUUCUUUCAGUUUACAGUAUGAUCUGUAUAAAUGUGGUCAUUCCUUCUCUUUCAGAACCUGGUUUAGGAUUAUUUCUUUCAAGCAACAGGACCACAAACGCUUUAACCAUUUGAAGUCAGUUUUAUUUUGGAAGCUUAUUCUAGAAUCUUUAUUUUUUCCCCUAGCCUUUGUGCUUUGUGUGUGGGUUUUUGUUUGGUUUUUGUGAGUACUGAUUCUCUUCCUUCAGAUGAUUCUGAACUACACCUCUCCCUUUGUGGAAUGCAGUUUGCUCAGUUACUUAGAUAAUUGUAUCCAUUUUUACUGCUCUUAGUCUAUACAAGUGAGCUCUGAGUGUUUAAAGCUUUUCUGUUGUUAUCUAUUGUUAUCCUGUUUCUUUGAAUCUUUAAAUAUAUGUGUUUGAUGAAGUGCAUUGGACUGCUUGCAGAACGCAGCUGCAGUUUCAGGGUUACCCCUGCAAAUAUACUAUGAUA